CAUGAGUUAAUUUGUAUGCUCUUCUUGUUUACUUAGUUUCCCAGAAGAACUAGGCUAUAAAGAUCAUUAUAAAACAGAUUUUCAUAGAUAUAACAUAGCUAGAAAAAUGAUUAACCUAGCUCCUGUUUCAUAUGAAGCUUAUAAAGAAAGUAAUCAAUGAAGUUAAUUAUUAGAAUUUGAUAAAAUAUCAGAAUAAAAGAUUAUUAGUCCAAUUUAAUCUUAAACAUUUAAAUGUUGUAAUAAAGAGUUUAAGUCAAGUAAAACUUAUCAAGCUCAUCUUGUUUCAAAAAGUCAUUAAUAAAAUUAAUUAAAAUCUCCUAUAACAACUAAUAGAAGUUAAACAGGAAAUUCAUUAGUAGAUAGUAAAGUUUGUUUAUUUUGUGAUGAAUUAUGUGAUAAUCUUGAAGAAUGUUUAAAACAUAUGAGUAAUCAUGGAUUUUUUAUUCGUGAAUAAAAACACUGUAUUAAUGUAGAAGGAUUGCUAAAAGCAUUAUCAGAACAAAUAAAUAAGAAUAACACAUGUUUACAUUGUUUUUAAACAUUCAAAAAUAGUCAUGCAGCAAAAGAUCAUAUGUUAGAUAAAGGACAUUGUUUCAUGCCUUAAUAAGAAUAUAAAGUCUUAUCGAAAUAUUAUAAUUUUGAGGAAAAAUUAUUAGGAAUUUUGGCAGAGUAAAAAGAACAACAAUUAUAAAUUGAAGCAAAAAAAUAAUAGUUACAAUUAAAAUAAGAAUAAAAAUUUGAUGAAAAUGAAAAGAAAAAUGAUAUCUAAGUUGAGGAUGAAGGAGAUUGGGAAGAUGAUGAAGAUGAAAAUGAAUUUUCAGAUGAUGAUGAUAAUGAUGAAGAUUUGAAAUUAAAAUAAAAAUAAACUGAUGAAUUACAAACUGAUGAAGAAUUAAGACAGAAGAGACUUAAAUAAUUAUUAAAAUAAAUCAGUAAACAUAAAGCCACGUUAACUAAAACUGGAGAAUUACUAUUACCAGAUGGAAAAUUGUAAUCCUUUAUUAUUUAAAAUUAGAUUGGGUCAUAGAGAUUAUAGAAAAUAUUAUAAGUAGAAUCAUAUUCCAUUUAAAGUUCCAGAAACUGAACCACUUGAAGAGUGUAUGAAAUCAAUUAUAAAAUAUAGUAAACCUUGCAGAUGAAAACUAAUUGGCAUUGUUAAGUAAUGAACUUAUAGUUGGACAUUUGAGACAUUUCUAUUAUCAAAAGACAAGAACAUAAGCACAUGGCUAGACUAAAAUUGGAUAAAGAAACAACUUAAUUCAAAUGAGAUGGUUAAGAAAAUCUUGUUGA